UCUAUGUGGAUUCUCUCCACGUCCCGCUGCCUCUUUGUAUUGGUAUUGGUGUGGGAGGCGUGUACGACUGGAACGUGGAUGGACGGCUGGGCUAGUUCUGGGCGUGUGCCUCUGUUGUAUCCUGUCGGAUUCCGAAACGCUUUAGCUCUGACGGACCGGCUCGGAUCGGCCCGGCCAGGCCCGGCCCAGCUCAGCUCAGAGCCGAUCAGAGCUUCGGACAGAGACGGAGAGCCCGGGCGGGCUGGAGGAUGCUCAGCCGUGCGUGAUCACAAGGCGCUUUUGUGCCCAGUCUGUCGCGUUUUGGUGUUGGAUCGCCGAGCCUUGUCCCCCAGCAGGCAGAGCUGGUGAAGCGGCUGGACCGGAGUUUUGCGGUGAAGACAGACUCAGACCCCGCCCGUCCACAGCUUUCUACAGAGAGAUGGACCCACGAUCACAGCUGUCACGCAGGAUAAAGAAGAGGUAAUCUACAUGUAGAUAAGAAAAGAACUGCUUGAAGAUCAAACAGAAAUAUAAAAAACAACAGGAGUGGGAAAAGACAUGGAGCAAAAUAAAUGGGAAAGUUAAAGGAAAGUUAAGGAGGUUUAUUGUCCAUUGAAGGAGAAUUAACAUCCAAUGAAACUAAAAAGAGAAAGAAAAAAAAGGCACAAAGACCCAAAGAACAGAAGAACUCCAUAUGAAAGUAGCUAAAAGCUGAGGAGAAAAAGGUGGCUGAUUAGCUGAAGUACUGGAGAGACAUCUGGAUGAGCUCUCCGGGUUCAGGCAGCAGGUCCUCUGCCAUACAAAGAUGGCCUCUAACUUCAGUGACGUCGUCAAGCAGGGCUAUGUACGAAUGCGGAGUCGGAAGCUUGGGAUCUAUCGGCGCUGCUGGCUUGUGUUUAAGAAGUCAUCGAGCAAAGGACCUCGUCGUCUUGAGAAAUACCCUGAUGAAAAGGCUGCUUACAUCAGAGCUUGUCCCAAAGUAACAGAAAUUAGUAACGUCAAGAACAUCACCCGGUUACCUCGAGAUGCCAAGCGACAGGCAGUAGCCAUUGUGUUUACUGAUGACUCCUCACGCACCUUCACCUGUGAAUCAGAGCUAGAGGCAGAGGACUGGCUGAAGAUGCUGUCUAUCGAGUGUCUUGGUAUUCGACUGAAUGACAUCAGUAUGGGAGAACCUGACCUGCUGGCUGCUGGAGUACAGCGUGAACACACAGAGCGCUUCAAUGUGUUCCUCCUUCCCUGUCCAAACCUGGAUAUCUACGGGGAGUGCAUGAUGCAGAUAACCCAUGAGAAUAUAUACCUGUGGGACAUCCACAACCCUCGCACCAAGCUGAUUACUUGGCCCCUCUGCUCUCUCCGGCGCUACGGACGUGAUGCCACUCGCUUCACUUUUGAAGCCGGACGGAUGUGUGAUAGUGGUGAAGGCCUCUACACCUUCCAGACCAAAGAUGGGGAGCAGAUUUACCAGAGGGUUCACUCCUCUACACUGGCCAUCGCUGAGCAGCACAAAAAGGUUCUGCUGGAGUUAGAGAAAAACAGAAGGAUGUUGUCUAAGGACUCAGAGGUUGGCUCCUACCCAUGUACACCAACUGCCAUCCUACCCCGGUCUGCAUAUUGGCACCACAUCACUGGGAACCAGGCUGACAUGGACCCUGGAAGUGCUGAUGGUGUUGAAGAGGAACUACUGUCCAGCCAUCUGCCAGCUAAGGGCCACACCACGUUGCCCCUAAAUACACAAACACACUCUCUGGCACAUAUUCACACACUUGUGCCAUCACACUUUCCUGCAUUACCAGGACAGUGACACACACCUGCAAAUUUAUACAUCCACACAGAGGAGGACUUGGAUAUGUGCAAGUACAUUGAGACCUACAGUGAGGACACUUAUCUUUCCUGUUUCGAAUUCUGAAGUUUGGUACUUUUGCAUGUCAAUUGGGAACGAUAAUUUGUGUUAUUUGUAUUUUUUCUAGUUUUUAAUGUUUGUCUGUUCGAAAUGAAUAAAUGAAUGGAGGAGUAACAAGCAUAGCUUUAUGCUUUACAGUUGUUCUGUAAAGGGCAUGUGACCAACUGCAGAUGGACUCAGAUGGGCUUCCUUCCAUGACUGGAAUACUACAGUCAACUAAUGUAGACAUUCAGCUCUGCCUGGGGUUUUGUAAAGGUUGGUAUGAUUUCCUGUGAAAUGUGGUUCUUUAACAACCAAGUUUGUUUUAAGGACUCAAUCAAAAAUUGUAACAAUUUUAGAGACUUAUCUUGUCUCUGGACUACACUCAAGAUCACUUGAAAAACAAACUUGUUUGGACAAACAAAUGAGUAGCAGUGUAAAGUAAAACAAAAUUUUUCUUCUUCAGUAUUGUAAAAGAAAAACUACUGCACUACUCUAAAAGUAGUGAGCUUGCAGUAAGAACAGUGUGAGUUUCAUUCUGGCUUCCUCCCCAUGCCACUGGUCAGUGUGUCUUUGAGCCAGGCACUUAAUUCCAAAUUGCUAACGAUCUAUGUAUGAGUGUGUACAUGUUUGAAAGAACAACUGAGUGAAUGUUGUUGUAAUCUAAAAAUGCUUUGAAUUGUCAGUAAAUCUGACUUGAGAAAUUUCAAGUCAGUUAAUUCAUCUGUCUCUGGAACUGUUUUUUAUUCCUUUUAAAGCUAACUUACAAGUUUAGCUGCUAAGUAUAUCAAAUCUAACAGGAUGUUAUUUAAACUGUACAAAUAAUUUUUCAACAAUUGGCUCACAGUUUGCACAUUAGUGUAGUCGGGGUCUUGAUAAGAGAACAGUUUUUUCUUAAAGAAGAGAAGUCUGUGACAUGUGGACAUUUGUAAGACAUGUCACAGAUAGAUUGCGUAGAAAGAUUGAUAAAAUAAAAGCCUAAAUAGCUGCAUGCCAUGAUCUAGAAGUCGAUUAUUUUUAUGGAAGUAUAAUGAUAUUCUAACCUUUGCUCCUUUUUCACAGUUUAUAAUGUGUGUAUGUGUUAGGGCUGCCUUGGAUCAAAUGGAUUAGAUAUUCAAAAUGGCUUUCAUGAAAUUUUCUUAAGCCUGUUUUGUUAGAUGGAAUAAUGCAGUGACCAAGGCUACAAGGUGCCUUACUUGCACCAAAUAGGUUGUGCUACUCCUGGAAAGAUAAGACUAGUUUUCUAAUUUGGAAGAUCCUUAGUUUUUCUACUUCUGGACUGAUGCCUUUGAUUUUGCCCAACAGAAUGUGAUUUUUCAGGUGGAAGAUAUGUUUGCUGACACUUAAGCAGGUUUUGAAGUAGGGGAUGAUGCUGUCACUAAAAUAUUUUUAUAUAUGUGCAGAAAUUGUAAAUAGUCUUUGUAAGACCUGUAGAUGUGUCUUGUGCCGAAUUGAUACAACUCUGUCAUUAGCAUAAGGUCUACUUUGCUUUGCAAAUGUAUGAUGAUAAUGACUUGAGAACAUACUUUGUAGAAGAGACACUGGCUCUGAUGACUGAAAAGCCAACCACCCACACAUAUUGAAAUUUGUAGGCCAAUGUCAAGCAAAAGCUUGACGUUGUCAUGAAAUUAUCUAUUUAUAGCAACAGAAACCAUGAAGAAUUUUUAAUGACAACCAUUAACCAUUGUUUAAUUUUUUAACAUGUACAACACCAACAAAUUCCAAGUAGAGAUCAAAGACUAUUGGUUUAUUCAGUCUUAACUAUUGGCUGACGGUUCAAAAUGAUCAAAUUUUACCUGCUCAGAAUCCAUGAAACUUCAGGCUCAUGUGAAUGAAGACUGGAUUGUUUACUUUAGAGACUUUAAAGAUUCUAAACCUAAAAUAGUCUCACAAAGCCGUUCUACAUUAUGCAUGAGAUGCCUACGUUUUUUUCUAUGUUUUUCUUGACUGUUAUUCUUAACUACAGGUGAAUACAGAAAAAAUGACCUGCAAACAUGCACGAUUGUAAAAGGGGAUAUGCCUCUUUACUGUCAUGAAAAAAUCCUCCUUCUGGUUCCUCCUUAUUGAAAUUGGGAUGUUGCAUGUCGGUCAUGCAGUGGGUCUGCUUUAGGCUAAUACAGGGCAUAACUAUUCUGUUGUGUUUUGCCACUGACUGUAGAAAGGACAUUUAAGAUUUUGGAAACAAACUGACGAUCUGUGCAAAACAAGAUGUAAAAUAGGAUUUAGCUGGAAUAAUACUGAAAUUUCUAUCGAACUUCCACUCCAUGGCAUAAACAAAAGAGGGCUAAGCAUUUUUCUGUUUGUUUACACAAUGUUGGUUGUGAAUUGUCUGUUUUUUGUGUACUUACAAUCUAGUAUUAUAUAUGAUGCCUUCUCUAUGUAGCCUUUUAUAUGAGUCCAUUUAUUUAUUGUGAAAUAUUUAUUUUUCAUGUUUGAAAAUGACAGUGUUUUUGCGUGAAAGAGUGUGGCGCAAUAUUUCAACAUAUGUUUCUAAAAAUGUAGACAGAACCUGGCUUGCACUUUGUACAAGCAGAUGGUAUUCUGUCCACACUAUGCCAGCAUGAAUCUGCACUUGUUUGGACAAUAAGAACACUUUCACCAGUGUAUCUUGUGCCUGCACUUUCCUAUAUGCUUUGUGGCAGUAAAUUGAUCACUGCCACAUGUUGAUGUGUUUGCUUGCUUUCUUGGAGAAAAUAACUGUAGCAGAAAGCUAAGGUGUUUCAUAAACCUAGAAACAAAUGUUGUUUACUGACCUCGUUAGACUGAAAUUGAUGUAAAUCGCUUUGCAAAACCAAUAGACAGUUUAGGAAAGUCCAGUCUGCUAAUGACUGACACGCCGGGGCGAGAAAGGACUGCCCUGCACCAUUGUUACAUGGUUCAAGAAACAUUGAAGUCUGUCAGUGAAGAAAUGGGAUUAGUUUGACAAAGAAAUGUAGACCUUCAGUCUGCCUUGUUUCACUGCUUAUCAAAGUCAGUUACUGCAUAAAAUGUCAAACUACAGGACUAAUUAAGAACCUAUGUGUGUUUCAGCUAACAUCUAAUAUUAUAUUAAGUCCUGUUAGCCAAUAACCAAAAACUGAGCCACAGUCAUUCCUUAUUAGAGUCAGAAUAGCUGUCUUACAUUAUGAAACAAAAACACAAUCAAGAGCACCACAACAUUUCAGGUAUUUGAUCAUCAACCAAAUAUGGAGUCACAAUUUUGGCAAACAAAAAGAUAUACUUUGACAUUUCAUACCAAAAUAUUUCAAGAAAUUUCUCCUCCUGUUCCCUUCCUUAAUAACAACAGAUAACUGAAAAAUGUCAUUGACAAGACUUUGACUGUUUCUGUAAAUACAUAAAAACUGUGAUUAUUGCUGAAAUCAUUAGGAAACAGUCACUCCUAAUGCUGCUUUGUGAAACAGCCUUUGGGCCACUGAAGCUGCAUUUACCUUCUGAUGAUGAUUUAUAGAGGUCAUUGAACAAAUAUUCUGAAAAGCAGAACAAAAAGAGACUGCAGUGCCAGUUAUCCUUCAAGCUAAAAGCAAAGCUAUAGCGUGUGUUCGUCUGUCUUCAUAUUAUCACCUCUCACUCAUGACUGUCACCUCCCUGCAGACUGAUGAAAACUAGCUGUAACCCAAUCACACUGUUUAUGCUAGAUGCAUGUUUUGGUGAAAAAUAAAGUCUUACCUGCUUA